UGUUUUGGGGUUUUUUUAACUUUAUUGUCUUUAAUUCAACAUUUUCCUUUGUUUUUUGUUUUUCUUUUGUUGUUUGUGUUCUGUAUUUUGCGGUCGUGCAGGCGUUGUAGCUAGCAAGAACACAGAAGAAGAAAUAAAAUUAUUGUAUUGUUUCCUCCAAACUAAUCUGCUAGUAUUUAUUUAAAUCAUCUUAAUUAGGCCGCAAUUUGAAGUUCAAUGACGUCACGAGCUCAGGUUUUUACGUACUUAAUGAGUGAUUACUGGCGCUUGCCCCUAGCUUAAAUUGAAUGUCUAUUAGCUGUGUCUGUAGUUAAGCUACAGCAGUUCUAUUAGUUUAUUAGCUGCUACAGUAGAAAUGUUCUUGUGUCACAGAGCAGGUCCAUUAGAACCCAACAGAACCGGCAAAGAUGUCCAGCAGGCCCAACGGGAGUCCGCCUCCAUAUGAGUCAGAUGGCUACAAUGCUCCUGCUCAGCCAGCGUACUCGUACUACCCGGACGAUGAGUUUCAGCACUUCUACCGCUGGACGUCGCCACCGGGCAUCCUGAAGAUCAUGUCCAUCAUCACCAUCGUGCUGUGUGUCGCCAUCUUCGCCUGCGUGGCGUCCACCUUGGCGUGGGACUCACAGGGGGCGCUGUCCGGCUUUGGGGGCCUCGGAGGAGGUUUCGCCGGUGGGGUUGGGGGGGGAUUCGGCGGAGGCUUCGGCAGCUUUGGCAGUGGCGGCGUUUACGGGCCCGGGAACAACUAUGGCUACGCGGGAAUUGGCGGGAACUACAACGACCCCCGCACCGGCAAAGGCUUCAUCAUUGCCAUGGCAGCCAUCACCUUCAUUGCCGCGCUGGCCAUCUUCAUCAUCAUCGUGUCUCACCAGAGCAUAUCAGAAAGCAGAAAGUUCUACCUGGCCGUCAUCAUCAUCUGCGCCAUCUUGGCUCUGCUGAUGCUGAUCGCCGCCAUCUGCUACCUGAUGGCCGUCAACCCCAUGGCGCAGUCCCAAGGCUCCGCUUACGGCAGCCAGAUCGCCGGCCUGUGCGCUCAGUACCAGCGGCCGCAGCCCUCAGGUGUCUUCGUCAACCAGUACCUGUACCACUACUGCGUGGUGGAGCCGCAGGAGGCCAUCGCCGUGGUGUUUGGCUUCCUGGUGGUCGUCGCCCUCAUCAUCAUGCUGGUGUUUGCGCUGAAGACGCGCAAGAAGAUCAGCAACUUCGGCAAGAGCAACAUCCUGUGGAAGCGCGUCAAGAUGGUGGACGACGACGGCGAGCCGCCACAGGACGUGGAGGCCUGGGUCAACAACGUGUCCGUCCCGCCUGAGGACCUCCCCAUGUCCGACUUUCCCGAGAAGAUGAGAAGCUCCAGGAACCACCUGGACGACGAGAGCACCAACUACAGCAAACCUCACUACAGCUACACGCCCCCGCCCGUGGAGGACGAGCAGCCUCUUAACAACGGUGCUCCCUACAGCGCCAACUCAGAUGUUCCCAGCUCAGCCGGCAGAUCCAAUAUGCGGCGUCCGGGUCGGGACCGCGACGCCGACUACGCCUCCUCAGGAGACGAGCUGGAUGAUGACGACGACUUCUACAGUGAAUUCCCUCCCAUCGCCAACGAGCAGGAGCGCAACGAAUACAAGCGCGAGUUUGAUCGCGACCACCAGGAAUACAAGGACCUCCAGGCCGAUUUGGAUGCCAUCAACAAGAAGCUGUCUGAAGUGGACAGAGAGCUGGAUGACCUACAGGAAGGCAGCCCCCAGUACUUGGAUGCUUUGGACGAGUACAACAGGAUUAAGGACUUGAAAAAGUCGGCAGACUAUCGCGCGAGGAAGCGACGCAGCAAGUCCUUGAAGGCCAAACUGAACCACAUCAAGAAGAUGGUGAGCGACUACGACCGUCGAGCCUGAGACGCUCUGACCGUGACGCCGACCCUCGGACUCGCCACAGUCCGCUUCUAUCGUCACUGCAGGUGACCUUAUGACAUCAUCUUAGGACCGCUGUCAUUUGUGUUUUGAACACACGCCGAACAAAUGAACGAAAGGUGUUGGCCGACUUGUAUUUAUUUAGUCCAACACCGUCAGAAUCUGGAAGCCUGCACCAAUGAACUCUUCUAACAUAAACUUAACAAGCUUUAUUUUUUCAGAUGUUUUUAACAUGUUUUAAUGCACAUUUUUAUCAGCAUGUAUAAAACACUUAACUUUUUUAGCAUUGUCAGCUAAAUUCAUGUGUAUUUUAGGUGGGUUUUUAUGACACAGUGAUGUACUUUUGCAAUGAUUUGUCUUACAUUUUUAUCGUAAUAAUAAUAAAAAGUCUACGCAACAUGUUUUUG